UUCCCAAAGUCAUAAUAUCCAUCCAGCUUUUGCAUUUUCGGCCAGAGACCACUGAAAAUGAAUCCUAGGAAGAUUGCCUCUGCCAUCUUAUGGUUUUCCUUUUAUUUUGGGAAUGUUCUUGCGGCUGUGGUACUUGGGUCACUGCAGUCCUCCUCUGGCGCGCCCGAUAACGGGGUUGAAUCACAUCUGGAUGCGCACAGUUUAGGAGACCUGAGAGCAGUCUCCCGGAAUGACCCUCCAUGGAACGGAACCUCUGUCCAUAUACCAUCAUACAUGAUAUCUCUGUACAGGACCUUAUCAAAGCUCGAUCGAAAAGGGGCAAACAACAACGUGACACGCUUGCGGAGACAUGCCAACACAGUAACCAGCUUUGUAGAACAGGAGAAAGGUGAGCUGUCAGCUGAGGCCAAGCAGAGGUACGUUUUUGACCUCUCUGGACUCUCAAGGGCGGAGGAGCUGACAGAGGUGGAGCUACGGGUGUUGCGGAGGCCGCCACCUGACUUGAGGGGAUUACUGACCCAAGGAGGAAGCCUAUACCGCCUCCUCCUUUACAGCUACUCCUGUCCAGGCUCCUCACACAGGCCUCUGCUGCUCACCUCCAGGACCGUCAAUGUACUUGAUGCCACCUCAUCCACGUGGGAGGUGUUUGAUGUUGGGGCUGGUGUGAAGGCCCACCGUAAAGUGCACAGGACAGACCCAGGCAGCACCCAUGUGUGUUUCAACAUAGCUGCCAUUUCAAACUCAACAGGGGAAGCAGUGCACCCACCACUUCUGGGCCUGGGUUGGGAAAGCCAGAUGUGGCAUGAGAGGGCCUUGCUUGUGGCAUUUUCCCACACCCGCCGGAAGGAGAACUUGUUCAGGGAGAUCCGUGAGAAGAUGAAGGCCCUGCGGGGUGGGAACUCGCCUGGCCCUGGGCUGGAUCGGGGUGGCAGGCCCAGGAAUCGACGACAGAGGAGGACCACGCUGCAGGCAGGCCGCUCUGGUGGAGGCGGUGCCGGAGGUGGGGUUGGGGGUGGAGGCGGAGGCGGGACAGGCAGCGGGGGAAAAGGAGGUGGUAGGAGGAGGACGCGCUGCAGCCGGAAACCGCUCCAUGUGAACUUCAAAGAGUUGGGCUGGGACGACUGGAUCAUUGCACCACUGGAGUACGAGGCAUACCAUUGCGAGGGCGUGUGUGACUUCCCACUGCGCUCGCAUCUAGAGCCCACCAACCAUGCUAUCAUCCAGACACUCAUGAACUCCAUGGAUCCAGAGACCACACCACCCAGCUGCUGCGUGCCAUCCAAGCUCAGCCCCAUCAGCAUCCUCUACAUUGAUGCAGGGAAUAACGUGGUUUAUAAACAGUACGAGGACAUGGUAGUGGAGAGCUGUGGUUGCAGGUAGCGGUGUGAGAAUUGGGCCUGGCCAGCGGCCCAGAGACUUCAACUGCGAAGCAGCCUCUCUUGUUCAGAGGCCCAGUGCUGCACUGCCAGGCUCACAGGAAGAAGACAAAGUGCCUAAACUGUUAAGGGAGGACUACCGUGGAUAACUGUGUGUGCGAUUGUGUCUGUGUGUGUGUCUGGAAGUGCAUGCAGUUAUGGGCAUUUUUAAGUGUUCAAGAAAUGGCCAGGGGACUCAUAGGCAAAAGUUCAUAACACCCUUCUUCACAAGAGACUAAAUUCCCCAGUAGAGAAUAAACAACUCCGCGAUCGGAAAAGGAGUAAGGCCUGGAAUUCCAGAAAUGACACUGCAUCCUGAUAAUGUAAACGGAAUGAUAGAGCGUUGAAGUAUUCUUGCAGCAGCUGAGAAAAUGUUGAACCACUUUAAACUCAAAAGUCUGUCAGUGAUCACAUGCGACUGUAAGAUGUAAAGGAGAAAGGCGUGCUUAACUCUCAGUUAAGCUGAGUGUCAGGCAAAGUUAACAGAAGCUCAAGAAAUUUGAUAGCAGCUCUGAAAUAUAUAAGAUUGAGGAAAAACAAACAAAAAACAAACAAACAACAAUAACAACAAAACAACAUCCUUAUUCAGCGGCGACACUUCUUGACUGAAAGUUGUUGAUUUUGACUCUUUCCUGAAGGUCAUUUUACACAAUGUGUUUUUCCAUUCGGAGAUUGAGUUGUUUUUAAAAUCAAGAAACUCAUUCAAUGAUUUAUUGAGUAUGGCAGUUCUGAAUUUUGUAUCAAGAUAACCCACACACAUUUGAUGCUCCCAAGAGCUGACAUCUUGCUUCCUUUAUGUGGCACAGGGGACAUUGUCUGACUGGCCCACGAGAGGAAACUCACAAACCAUGCACUGUUAAGGACCUGAGAUAACUGCACAGCUAGUCAUUUCGUGUUUCAUUCAAAAGUCUGCUUGCGCUUAAGCCAUUUAAGGGCUCUUUGUGCUGAUGUAAAGUGUAGCCGACUCCACACUUGGCAUCUGCAGCGUGACAGGACGACUGUGUUAUGCAGGAUGUCCAAAUGUGUAAAGAGAUAGAUGACUUCAGUGCACUCUGCAACCUCAGACCUUACGCCGUGAAAGAAGCUGGCCAGCCAAAAUCAAAAUGAUUCCUGGCAUUGUGUUUCCCUGUGGGACAGCCCUCUCAUCUGGGAUAACUACAUGGGUAGGGCUUUUUGUGUCCCCUUUUUCCUCAUCUUUAAUUAGAAUAAACAGUGCCUGGAGCACAUCCUAACUAAUGCCAUCUCACCUCAGACACCUGCUAACAGUUGAAAAAUAGUGGGAAAUACAUGAAAGGAACAAACAAACAAGGAAAAGUGAAAUCAUCACAUAGUGAGCUAGCCUAUUGAAAUUUCAGAUCUUCUUUAGUUAGAACAAUCCUGUACAUAUCUUGGGAUUUGACCCAGCAUAGGUUUUCUGUCGUCUAAAAAUCCAGUGAGCAAUACAUGCCCAUGUGUACGCGCUGUAACCAGAAGGUCAUGGUUUAGGCAUACAUGGUAUCUCUGCUUGCAGAAGCAGACAUAUUUGACUAAAUGUGCUAUUAGUAACCAUUUAAAAAAUUGUUUUUAUUAUUUUUCAUUUUAUUUUUAUGCUGAUUAUAUUUUCUGCAAAUUAAAAACAGAUUUAUUUUCGUCUGCAAAACAUUUUUUGCAUUUUCGCAGUUUUGAUAAGGAGAAUCCACACAAGAUUGAUAUGGAGGUUUAGCAUCUUUUAAGCAGUUUUAAGUCAUUGCAUUGACAAGACUCUUUCCUAAACAUUUAUUACCUGGUCAGUCAAGCUGAGUUCUACCGCUGCUCAUUCCCAUAGAAAAACCCGGGGACUAUUGGGCUCUCCUGGGGCUGGAAGAGGGGACAGUUAGAUGAACUUCAAAUUAGCUUUGGACUUACGACAUUGCUUUUGUCAUGGCAACUGCACUAACAACCUAGGCAAUGACAAAAUUACUGUUACGAGUAUUGUGCUUACUUUUAGCCCCAGAGGCUGGGAUAAGUCGUGCUGUUGCAUUUAAGUGGUCUUAAUGACCGGUGUUAAGCUUUUGGAAGUUACUGACUCUCAGAGCUACAAAGGCUACUCUUUAUUGUGCCUUGUUGUUUGGCCUGAAAAGCCUGUGGACUCAUUUAGAGGGGAAGGUGUUUCGAAUGCACAGGCCAACUGCUUUCUGACAAUGAAUGUAAAUGUGGUGGCAUUGCCACGGUUCGAGGGGAUUGGCGACCUUUCUGUAUACAUCAUCGCUAAACGAAGUUCACUUUGUAAGAAUCUCACAGCAUCUGUUUUACUUUACCAUACCCAAUUUAUUGUGUAUUGGUCUAAAAAAUGAGAUGGAAUGGUAAAACACUGAACAAACAUUUGGUCUCAUAAUGAAAGCUGAAAAUAACAGCGUAUGCGUUUGUACUCAUUUUAAAAUACUGGACUUAAUUGAAUACAUUUACUACAUUUAACUCUCUCAAGUCCCUGCAAAUUUGUGUUUUUAAUGUAUGGUGAUAAGAUGAUGAUUGUAAAAAACGGAAACAUAGAAAAUGUCCAUUGAUUAUAUGCCUCUGUUAGACCAUUGACAAUGCACUGUGUGCGCGCGUGUGUUUCUAUGUAUAAGAUGAAAGGGAGUGUACAUAAUUCAAUUGUAAAUUAUCU